AACAAAUAUCAUUAGCCCAUUGAAGAUCUGCAUUAAAAACUCAGUUCAAUUCGAUCCUCGCUUCUCUGUUUUACGAUCUCUAACUCUGUGCUAUUCCCUCUUUCCUUGAAACAGUACAGAAAAAUAGUGGCCGUUAGAUCCAUCCAGAGAUCAGUGAAAGCUUUUGGGGUGGCGUGUCUUUCUCUGAUUAAUCAAAAUGGUUGUGCUUGCUGCUUCUAUAGUCAGCAAGUCUGGCAAAGUGCUUGUUUCUAGGCAGUUUGUGGACAUGAGUCGUAUGAGGAUUGAAGGUCUUCUAGCAGCCUUUCCCAAGUUGAUUGGAACUGGUAAGCAGCAUACGUAUGUUGAGACAGAGAAUGUGCGAUAUGUUUACCAGCCAAUAGAGGUUUUAUACUUGCUACUUGUCACAAAUAAGCAAAGCAACAUCCUUGAAGAUUUGGAUACACUGAGCCGGCUCUCCAAGCUUGUCCCUGAAUAUGCUAUCUCUCUUGAUGAAGAGGGCAUCUGCAAGACAGCUUUUGAGUUGAUUUUCGCCUUUGACGAGGUAAUCUCCCUUGGACACAAGGAAAAUGUGACUGUUGCACAGGUUAAGCAGUAUUGUGAGAUGGAGAGUCAUGAGGAGAAAUUGCACAAGCUUGUACUUCAAAGCAAGAUCAAUGAAACCAAGGAUGUCAUGAAGCGCAAAGCUAGUGAAAUUGACAAAAGCAAGAUUGAGAAAAAUAGAGGUGAUAAAGGAGGGUUUAUGUCCUUACAGUCAAUGGGCUCUGGAAGAAUCGAGAGUAAAUUUAGUGAUAUGAGCAUUUCCAGCAAUGAAGGUGGUUUUGGCAGUGGUUCUGGUUUUGGAUUGACAACUGAUGUUGACUCCUUUUCCACUAAGUCUAAAGGUCGUCAACCUUCAUCUGCCACUGCACCUCCUAAAGGUCUUGGUAUGAAGCUUGGUAAAACCCGAAGGGAAAGCCAGUUUUUAGAAUCAUUGAAAGCAGAAGGUGAAGAUAUUGUUGAGGAAGUGCAGCCGAAGCCAGGGCAAUCCAGAUCUGCUGCUGCUCUAGCACCAACUGACCCUAUUACUUUAACUGUUGAGGAGAGGAUCAACGUGACUCUAAAGCGGGAUGGUGGACUGAGCAGCUUUGACGUUCAAGGGCAAUUAUCACUUCAGAUUCUUAACCAAGAAGAUGGAUUAAUCCAAGUUCAGAUUGAAACUGGAGGAAAUCCAAACGUCCUUUUCAAGACACACCCAAACAUGAAUAAAGAAUUAUUUGCCAAUGAAAAUAUUCUAGGUUUGAAGGAUCCUAAUAGGCCUUUUCCCACUGGAACUGGUGAUCCAGCAGGUGUUGGCCUUUUGAAGUGGAGAAUGCAAGGUGCCGAUGAGUCUAUGGUGCCAUUGACAAUCAACUGCUGGCCCUCUGUUUCUGGAAAUCAAACUUUUGUUAGCAUUGAAUAUGAAGCUUCAUCCAUGUUUGAUCUCCGAAAUGUUGUCAUCUCAGUACCUCUUCCAGCUCUCCGAGAAGCUCCGAGUGUUGGGGACAUUGAUGGAGAAUGGAGGUAUGACUCAAGAAAUUCUGUCCUGGAGUGGUCCAUUCUUCUCAUUGAUAACUCGAACCGCAGUGGACAAAUGGAGUUCGUUGUGCCUCCAGCAGAUUCAUCAACAUUCUUCCCUAUUUCUGUUCGGUUUUCAGCCACUAGCACAUACAGUGACCUAAAGGUUGUCAAUGUCCUGCCUCUGAGAGGUGGACCUUCCCCGAAAUUUGCACAAAGGACACAAUUGAUCGCAGAGAGUUACCAAAUAGUCUGAUGUUCUUUCAUUCUGCAAACCAGAAUCCCCCCAUACCCCUUUCUCAAUUUUGUGAUUAUUGAUAUCGCCUCUAAUGAAUCUGUUCUAUUUACAUGAAUAGUUUUAUACAUUGCUUUGGUUGUAUGUACUCUGCGGGAUGUCUUUAUGUUAGCCCAUGUUUUUCAUACAUUUAAGCCUCAUUGCUUUUGCUUGUGAUAUGUUACAUUGUUAGGAUUGUUGGAACAAAUGACAUUUGGAAUGAAAAUGAUGCCAGUGGUGUAGAAA